CGCGAGCUGAGCCGAGAACAAGGAAGCAACAUGUGCUGCUGACCAUAAUAACGCCAACACACCAGCACAGACAGCCACGAGACGAGACAAGGAGACGAGGACGCUCAACGACUGCAGAGUAUUCUCAGACUGUGAACACUUAUUAUCUCACCAUGAAAAGAGAGGUGGAGGCUGGAGUGAACUUCCUCAAAAGCCUUGCUGUAGCACGUGGCAAGCUCAGUGAAUCCAAAGCAGAAUUGUUUGCCGAGAAGCUACAGAAACUUUUAUGCAACAAAUAUGAUGACCACUGGUACCCUGACUGUCCCAGCAAAGGCCAGGCAUACAGAUGUAUCCGUAUAAAUAACGGAGUGCCCUGUGAUGAUGUGAUCCUGAAGGCAUGUGAGGAGAGUGAGCUCACACCCAGUGAACUCUGCUUUCCACGUGAGAUCACACUGUGGAUCGACCCACUGGAGGUGUGUGCAAGAUCUGCAGAGAACGGCCGGCCAUUCAGAGUAGCCUGUUUCGAAGAGGAAGGUGUUCAGGGAAAACAGGCGGACUCCUCGGUGGGCUUGGUAAAUCUGGACACAUCCGAUUACCACUCUGCUACCUCUUCGGAUUGUAGUUCCACUGCGUCGAGUGACACAGAGGAGGAGGCAAAAGAUGGCGAGAUGGCGGGAGAGCAAAAAAAAGAAGGGAAGGAGGUCAUCAAGAAGGAUGCAGCAGAAGGCGACACCUACACGAUAGCGAUGGUUCCCAGGAUUCGGAAGCGGCCCGGGGAAGGACCAAAUAUGAUUAAAUACAUCAGAAAUAUGCUCCCUGCCAGCCUCCAGUACUUCUACCACCAGGCACCAGUUUGGCCUCAGUACAAGAAGGGCGCUCCAGUGUUUCUCAAUGCAGUGUGCGCGCCUCCGCCGCCUCCACCUCCGCUCCAUCAGGUAUUUGGCUACUACAUCUUGCCGCAGCCAUCUCCUCAGUUCAUUCUGCCUCAAGCCACCCUGCAGCCGUGGGGAGCUGUGAAGGGUUAGACCGUCCAGGAACUGUGGGGUCCAGGUGGAUGAAGCAUUACAAGCUCCUUCAACUGAGCCAUGGCGUGUUAAUUCUCUGAGUUUAGCUAACCUUGGGCCAAAAAAAAAAAUAACUUUUUAAAAACUGUAUAGCUCGAAGUUAUUUGCUGUACAACCUGUAAUGAUUCCUCUUUCCUUUUCACUUCUGGUGACUUGUAAUUUAUGGGUGGUACUCUGCACGGAGAUGCCACUGAACUGAAAUGUCUGCAUUGGGAAAAAAAAUCUUUUACGUACUGUAAACAUUUAGAAUGACUUCAAACUCUGGGUGCUCGGACUAACUCAGGACAUCUCGGCAAUAUACUUCACACCAAAUAGUUGUCUUUUCCGGUGUUGUUUCUUUUAUUAUGUAAUUUCUCUGACCGAAUAUGGUCCAAAGUGUGUUCGUCACAUAUAAUCAAUGUAAAAUGUGAUUCAGGGGUUUAAUCUAUUAGCAAGAGUGACAACAUCUGUAUUUUAAGAAUAAUAUUUUUGCGAAACUGCUUGUAAAUAAUACAGAACUCGGACACCAUAGAUGGAUGCACAUUUUCUAAUCUCACUGUCUUUUUGUUGUAAUUUAUUUGGCCACCAGUGGAUGGCACUCAACCGAUAGCUAACACAUGAAAUUGUAUAUUUUUGUAUGAACAGUGGCUGCUGUAUUUUUACAAAUCAAACCCAAACAUGAUUUUAAAUAGCUUAAACUAUCUCUGCAACUAGUACAAUGUAUUUUCAAGUGUCUCUGUUGUAUGGCCUGCUUACUGCUGUGUUUUUAAAGUUUUUCUUUGCUAUGGAGAUCUGCUACAGCUAUAUACAUCCUGAAUAGUUUUCCCCCACUGACUCGUAUAUACUGUGAUUUUCAUCUUUAAUUAUAUUGAUGCAUAUUUAUUUAAUGUCCAUGCAACCUUGAAACGCAUGUGUUUGUAAGCAUUGUUUUGCUUUAACCUUUUGCAUUAGCCAUUUACCUUAUUAAUGCAGCACAUUAAAUCCACUCAUACCUGAAAUCA